AUGAAUUCCCUGACACAUUUGGCCCAGCUUCGAUGCUAAUGAGAGAGAGAGUAACGCAGUUAAUUUACCUUCACUACUUUGAGGACAGCUUUCACUGAUUCCCAGAGCACAGAUGAAAUGCCAUAAUGGAUCCAGUUAGUGACUGUUCAACUGCUAUUCUCUUUUUGUGAAAAUCAGUCUUGCCAUCCUCAGUCAUUUCUACAUUGUGAAAGGCAACCGAAAAGAAGCGGCAAGGAUAGCGGCUGAAUUUUAUGGAAUAACCCAAGGACAAGUCUUUCAACUCCUCUCUCACUUGACAUGAAUCAAGGUUCCUGGGCAGAUAGAUCACCACUACAUGAAGCUGCAAGUCAAGGCCGUCUGCUUGCACUGAGAACAUUAUUAUCACAGGGUUAUAAUGUAAAUGCAGUGACCAUAGACCACGUCACCCCAUUGCACGAAGCCUGCCUGGGAGGUCAUGUGGCCUGUGCCAAAACUCUUCUGGAAGCUGGAGCCAACGUAAAUGCAAUCACAAUAGAUGGUGUGACCCCAUUAUUCAAUUCAUGCUCACAAGGCAGUGCUAGCUGUACAGAAAUUCUUCUGGAAUAUGGUGCCAAAGCCCAGCUAGAGUCCUGUCUCCCAUCUCCUACACAUGAGGCUGCUAGUAAAGGUCAUCACGAAUGCCUCGACAUAUUGAUAUCCUGGGGCAUAGAUGUUGACCAAGAUAUUCCUCAUUUGGGAACACCUCUCUAUGUUGCUUGUAUGUCACAGCAAUUUCAUUGCAUCUGGAUGCUUCUUUAUGCUGGUGCUGAUGUGCAGAAAGGCAAAUAUUGGGAUACUCCUUUACAUGCUGCUGCUCAGCAAUCCAGUACAGAAAUUGUAAACUUACUGCUAGAAUUUGGAGCAGAUAUCAAUGCCAAAAAUACAGAGCUUUUGCGACCUAUAGAUGUAGCUACAUCUAACAGUUCAGUGGAAAGAGUUCUGCUUCAACAUGAAGCUACACCAAGCUCGCUUUGCCAACUUUGUCGACUCUGUAUCCGAAAUUGCAUAGGAAGACCAAGAUUGCAUCUUAUCUACCAGCUGCAGUUACCAACAUUACUGCAGAAUUUCUUACAAUAUCAGUAGUGAAAUAGUUCUAAAUUCUUUGAGAAUUAAAAUUUCUAUUUCAUUUGACUAUCUCAUUAAUAUAUGCUAGGGUAAAGUGGGUAUGAAAUCACACACGGAAGCAGCAAAAUAUCAAUAUCAUUGUAGCUAGUACUUUUGUUUUAUGAAUUUUUAAUGUUUUGGAUUAUAAUAUGUUUAAAUAUCUAUACCUUA